AGUUAAUCCAUUCAGUUGAACUUCAACAUGGGAAAAAAGCGAAAGCUAGCAUCUGCGCAUAUCGAUUUUGAGGAGGAGAAUGAGGAAUUGCAAGACGAUGUGGAUAAAUUCCAUGCUGCGGACCGCAAAUUAGAAGCCAAUGCAUAUAAGAAAAAGAAGGCAAGAACAGCUGAAGAAAUACUGAACGUAGAGGCGGAUGAAUCCGGCGAAGAUGUGCCAUCAGAGUCAGAUUUUGAUGACGAUAGUGGAGAAGAACCGCUUGGAGUCGUUGGUAACGAGUGGGGAAGAAAAAGAAAAGAUUUUUACGGAACAGAAUAUGUCGACGAAGAUUGGGGUGGAAUGCGAGAAGAAGAGCUUGAAGAUGCUGAGCUCGAGGAAGAGGAUGCUGCCGAUAGACAGGCUGCGUUGGACAAGGCGGCCGCUCUCGCCAGCGACUUGUUUGAGAAAGAGGACCAAGCUGAGGGUAAAACAACAACUGUAGUCAAAGAAACAAAUUUUGAAUGGAAAUUGUUGCCAGUCAAGAAGCUCAACAGACGCACAGCUGAGAUUAUUGAGGAGUACAACAGGAGGAAGGACCUCAUGAAUGUCAUUGUGGAUCCGCUCGUGGCUGUUAUUCGAAAGCUACCUCAAAUGUCCAAUGUUAGAAAGCAGAUACUUUUGGUGCAUGAUGUGUACACAACAUACAUCUUGACCAUGAUGUUUUACCUUCAACUGAAAGAACAAUCUUUUGCAAAAAAGGAUGCUACAGAUGAAAUGCUGGAAUCUCAUCCAGUUCUUGAGAGGAUAGAUAAGUUUGCUAAAAUGAUCAAACAUGUGGAUGCGUUUCUGGAUAAAAACGCCUCGGCUCUUAAGAGGUUGCUAAAGAAGGCAUCGAGUGGUGAACAAAUUGAGUCCGCCAUUGUUGAACCUCAUCUACAAAAACAUGCUGAGCAGGAACUAUCAGAAGAAACGAGAAAAACGAACGUAUUGGACGGUGAUAACCAUGAUGUGGCAGACGAUGAAUCUAUGUCGGUCGAAGAUAGAAGAAGAGCUAAUAAACAGAUAGAGAAGAAUUUCAAAGCUGACUCUGGUACCAGGCAUAAGAAAACUCCGAAAACUGCAAGAACCAAAAAUCGGAAACGUUACAAGGAGGCUGUGAAGAAAGUUCGCUCACAGAUCGGAACUAUUCGAACGGAAAUGCAAAAGUACACUGGUGAAUCAAGAGGAAUACGCGUUAGCACCGUGAAAUCGACAAAGCUAUCGGCUUGAGCGUUUUGCCGAAUACUCUUGUUGUUUCCCUUUAUACCUGUUUGUUAUCUGCGGUUGUUACUGUUGUUUUUGCCGAAUUCCUUUCGAAUAAGUAUAGAAGAAUCACAUGGUCAGUGCUAGAGUUACAGUCUCGAUUUGACGAUAUAAAAGGCUAAAGUCGGACGUGAAAUUGUUCAGUAGCACGAAAUGCACUUGAGCGUUUGUGUAUCUGCUGCCAUGAAUGAUUCCUUUCUAAUUUGACGCUUGCUUUUCAUUGAUUUUCGCACAUAUGGGCAGCGCUUUUGUUAUUGUGCAACUCAAGACUGUGGUCGCAGAAUUUCUGCUUCUAUUCUUGAUAUACAAUGAUUAUAGUAUCUCUUGUCGAAAAUUGUAUAGUUUGACAGAUUAUUUGUGGUAUGUUUUGUUACUGAGGUGACAGCCUCAUUACGUUACCCCAGGCGACUGCAGCCCUCUCUCUAACGAGAUUGAACUAGAUAUUCCCCUAUGCUGUCUGCAAUGUAGUUGUAACUUUCUUUUGCAGUUCUCGUUACUUUUGUUGUUGUUGAUUUGUUGGAGAGAAAAAUUACAGUAC